AUGGUUCUUGGUUAUAGGACCGUUGAUGAUAUGAUGGUCGAACAACUGGGUGCUGUUUUUAUGCCUCAUGGUCGAGGGCAUUUGCUUGGUAUUGACACUCAUGAUCCUGGUGGCUACCCAAAGGGAACGGAGAGGUCAAAAGAACCUGGAUUAAAGUCUUUACGUACAACAAGAGAACUCCGAGAGGGAAUCGUGAUAACAGUCGAGCCUGGUUGCUACUUCAUUGAUGCUUUGUUGACUCCAGCCAUGGGAAAUUCAAAUACUUGUAAGUUCUUCAAUUAUGAAGCAGCUAAUAGAUUUAAAGGUUCUGGUGGAGUCCGAAUUGAAAGCGAUGUGCUUGUCACGGCUAACGGUUGUAAGAACAUGACAAAGGUUCCUCGGGAAACAUCGGAGAUCGAAGCAGUAAUGGAAGCGGCGCCAUGGCCGCUUGAUAAAUCUUCUUCCGGCGAAAGGGCCGGACAAAACAACUGCAAUGAGUGA